ACAGACAAUACUACACAAAAGUUUUUCCUCUUUCUCUUUCUCUCUCUCCCUACUACCCCUUUUUUGAACUCCCUUUAAUUUCGAAGUGGGGCCUUUUGAUUUGCUGACAUUUAAUGCACACCCACUUUUGAGGUUAUUGUACAGCAAAGAUUUGGGGUUUUGCACUUCUUCCAGUGAGCCCUGUUCUCUAGAAACUUUACGGUGGUCUGGGUUGUAGUUUUAGAGAGAGAGAGAGAGAUGGCAGGUGGUGGAGCUCCGGCGGCAAAGGCGGAUGAGCCAGCGCCACAUCCACCAAAGGAUCAGCUUCCCAAUGUUUCUUACUGCAUUACUAGUCCUCCUCCUUGGCCUGAGGCCAUUCUUCUUGGAUUUCAACACUAUCUUGUGAUGCUUGGCACAGCAGUUAUAAUUCCCACCGCCCUAGUUCCCCAGAUGGGAGGUGGAAAUGAGGAGAAAGCCAAAGUUAUUCAGACAUUGCUAUUUGUUGCUGGGCUGAACACGUUGUUGCAGUCGUUCUUCGGGACCAGAUUGCCUGCUGUGAUCGGAGCGUCGUACACCUUUGUUGCACCGACGAUUUCGAUUAUCCUGUCUGGUCGUUGGAAUGACCCGGACCCGAUAUCGAAAUUCAAGAAGAUAAUGCGGGCAACACAAGGUGCACUUAUUGUUGCUUCGACUAUCCAGAUAGUCUUGGGCUUUAGUGGUCUCUGGCGCAACGUUACGAGGUUUUUGAGCCCGCUUUCAGCAGUUCCGUUGGUCGCUCUUGCUGGUUUUGGUCUCUAUGAGUUCGGUUUCCCAGGGGUUGCGAAAUGUGUUGAAGUCGGGUUACCACAGCUUGUCAUUUUAGUCAUUUUCUCCCAGUAUCUGGCUCGUCUGAUAAAGCCCGGGAAGCAUAUUUUCGAUCGUUUUGCUGUAAUAUUCUCUGUAGCAAUUGUUUGGAUUUAUGCCCUCCUACUUACUGUUGGUGGGGCUUAUAACGGGAAGCCACCGAAGACCCAAGCAAGCUGCCGAACUGAUCGCUCUGGACUCAUUGACGCUGCACCAUGGAUUAGAAUUCCAUACCCCUUUCAAUGGGGAGCCCCUUCGUUUGAUGCAGGUGAAGCCUUUGCCAUGAUGAUGGCUGCGUUUGUUGCACUCGUAGAGUCUACUGGUGGUUUUAUUGCCGUUGCGAGGUUUGCAAGUGCAACUCCAUUGCCACCAUCCAUUCUAAGCCGCGGUGUAGGUUGGCAGGGAAUUGCCAUUUUAUUAUCUGGGCUGUUUGGAACUGGAAAUGGAUCUUCCGUAUCCAUUGAGAAUGCUGGCCUUCUAGCACUUACCCGUGUUGGCAGUCGAAGAGUAGUCCAGAUAUCUGCUGGGUUCAUGAUUUUCUUUUCUAUUCUUGGCAAAUUUGGAGCCAUCUUUGCUUCGAUACCAGCACCAAUAGUAGCCGCGUUAUAUUGUCUGUUCUUCGGUUAUGUCGGUGCGGGGGGCUUAAGCUUCCUUCAGUUCUGCAAUCUGAAUAGUUUCCGAACCAAGUUCAUACUAGGCUUUUCAAUCUUUCUCGGUUUAUCCGUCCCUCAAUACUUCAACGAGUACACAGUCAUCGCUGGCUAUGGACCCGUCCAUACAAGCGGGAGAUGGUUCAACGACAUUGUGAACGUGCCAUUCUCGUCGGAGGCUUUUGUGGCGGGGAUUCUGGCGUAUUUCUUGGACAACACGAUGCACAGGGAUCAUCAAAUAAGGAGGGACCGAGGCAAGCAUUGGUGGGACAAGUUCAGGUCUUUCAAAACCGAUACCCGAAGCGAGGAAUUCUACUCCCUCCCGUUCAACCUCAACAAGUAUUUCCCGUCGGUAUGAUCAAUCAAGGAAGGGAAAGCGAUAGCGAUUCUCAUCAAUCCUUGCAGCAUUCGCGUUUCGAGGCAUUAAUGAUGCAACAAUAUUCAUACUCCUAUGUGUUUCUUUACACUGCAGUAUAGUCUGACUGCUUAGAGCAUUUGUUUAUUAUAGUUUUUGUUGUAAAUUUGUUGGUUAUAAUGGAGUGAUGUUGCAUAUUUA